CAUUACAGAUAAAAAUGAAAAUGAGAUAAUUUUGGCAUAUCACUAGUGUUCCUUUAAAACUUAGAACAGAGACAUUCUAUUUAUUUUGUCAAAUAAAGCUACAAUUUUCUCUUGAUAUUUUCCAAUUACGAAGGAAUAUGGCAGCAAAUAAGACGAAAUCUAUACCUGAGAAAAAUGAAGAAAAUACAUUUAUAGACAGCACGGAUGGCAUUAUUACAAGCAAACAAGAUGAGUCCCUAGUGUUAAUGGCAGCGCCUUCCAGAAAAAGAUUUCUAAGAGAUACUGAGUCUGAAGUUUUGCCACAGGUUUCUACCAAUAGUCAAGUCCAAGGACAAACUGACAGAACCGAUAUGGCAACCAAGGAAGAAGAAAUGAAUAAAGAUCUUGAAAAGAGGACAGAAAAAGUAUCAGGUGAUAGCGAUGGUGUUAUUAAAGCCGAACAACUUCAACCCAGACUUCUAAAAGCUGCCCCAUCGAGAAAGAGGUUUGGAAUGCCGGAACAGAAACCGAAAUCUGAAUUGCCACAAGCAGACAACGAUCAGAAAAAAUCAGCUCACGAGAGACCUUAGAUAUGUCAAGGAAAAAUUCAACACACCUCAAGCUUUGACAAAAAUAUUCUUUAAACAACUUAAUGCUUUUUAAAAUUUAUUUUAUCAUUA